AAGAUGAACCAAAAGAUGAGGGCAACAACACUAAAAUUCGAAAAGAUUCGAUCAUUCGAGUGAAACUGGGUAGAAAAUCAAUGCUGACUUCGCGAGGAAGGGGAAGGAAUGAAAACAUGGUUUUAUUACUAUUUGCGCCGUCGCCGCGUGAAUGCAUCACUGCCACCGGUCAAGGCUCUACGGUCAUUGGGGAAAUCGAUCGACCAUCGCUGGGGAAGAAGAAGAAGAGAGAAAGAGAAACUGACCUUGCGAUUGCAACUGAGGUUAAUUUGCGGCGAGGAGACCAGUGAAAGCGGCGAACCCGUUAGAAUUUUAGAAGGAUGCCACCCAGUUCUUGACAAAACUCUGUAAAACAAAGGUUGAGAGUUUAAAGCUUUUGCAAAAGAAAAUAACCAGAAUGACGUUUUCCAUGAGAGAUUUAGAUCAGGCUCUCCAAGGAUGUGGCCAAAAAUCUGGGCUUGAAAUAUGGCGCAUCGAAGACUUAAAACCUGUCGCUGUUCCAAAAGAGUCUCAUGGUAAAUUUUUCACCGGGGAUUCCUAUAUUGUCUUAAAGACUACAGCGUCAAGAAGCGGUUCCCUGCAUCAUGAUAUUCACUACUGGCUCGGUAAAGAUUCCAGUCAGGACGAAGCUGGUUCUGUUGCUGUUAUGACAGUUGAGUUAGAUUCAGCUUUAGGUGGACGUGCUGUUCAGUAUCGAGAAGUGCAAGGUCAAGAGACCGAGAAGUUCCUUUCCUACUUCAAACCUUGCAUAAUACCUCAGGAAGGUGGCUUCGCUUCCGGGUUCAACCACGUAAAGCCCGAGGAGCAUCAGACGCGUCUUUAUAUCUGCAAAGGCAAACAUGUUGUCCGUGUGAAAGAGGUGCCGUUUGCUCGGUCUACUCUCAACCACGACGACGUUUUCAUUCUUGAUACAGAGUCUAAAAUUUUCCAGUUCAGUGGUUCCAAAUCGAGUAUUCAGGAAAGAGCAAAAGCUCUUGAGGUUGUUCAGUACAUUAAAGACACUUACCAUGAUGGAAAGUGCGAGAUUGCAGCUGUUGAGGAUGGGAGGCUGAUGGCUGAUGCUGAAGCUGGAGAGUUUUGGGGUUUGUUUGGUGGAUUUGCUCCGCUUCCUAAGAAACCAGCAGUCAAUGAUGACCAAACCGCUGAAUCUGACGGGAUCAAGCUCUUCAGUGUUGAGAAGGGAAAGACAGAACCCAUAGAGGCUGAGUCCUUGCAGAAGGAGCUUCUGGACACUAACAAAUGUUAUAUUCUCGAUUGUGGUCUUGAAUCGUUCGUUUGGAAGGGAAGAGGUACUUCAAUCGAUCAAAGAAAGAGCGCAAGUCAAGCUGCAGAAGAGUUUCUCCCAUUGUCUGAACGUCCAAAAUCAAACCUGGUUAGUGUGAUGGAAGGGUUUGAAACAGUGAUGUUCCGAUCUAAGUUUGAUUCAUGGCCGGCUACAAGUACCGUAGCUGAGCCCCAGCAAGGCAGAGGCAAAGUUGCAGCUCUUUUGCAACGGCAAGGAGUUAACGUUCAAGGCCUGGUCAAGACUUCUUCUUCUUCUUCUUCUAAAGACGAACCUAAACCAUACAUUGAUGCCACAGGAAAUCUCCAGGUCUGGCGAAUCAAUGGUGAGGAAAAGAUCUCUCUCGAAGCAGCAGAGCAAUCCAAGUUCUACAGCGGAGACUGUUACAUAUUUCAGUACUCAUAUCCAGGAGAAGACAGAGAGGAACAUCUAGUGGGUACUUGGUUUGGAAAGCAAAGCGUUGAGGAAGACAGAGCAUCUGCUAUUUCCAUUGCAAGUAAGAUGGUUGAAUUCAUGAAGUUUAUGCCGGCUCAGGCUCGCAUUUACGAAGGAAAAGAACCGAUACAAUUCUUCGUGAUCAUGCAAAGCUUCAUCACAUUUAAGGGUGGUUUAAGUGAUGCUUUCAAGAAGUACGUAACAGAGAACGAAGUCCCUGAUACUACUUACGAUGCAGCAGGUGUUGCGUUGUUUAGGGUUCAAGGUUCUGGACCAGAGAACAUGCAAGCCAUACAGAUAGAAGCGGUUUCAACAGGGCUAAACUCUUCGCAUUGUUAUAUACUACAUGGUGACUCUACUGUUUUCACUUGGUGUGGCAAUCUAACUUCCUCGGAUGAUAAAGAACUCAUGGAGAGAAUGUUGGAUCUGAUCAAGCCAAAUGAACACACGAAGGCACAAAAGGAAGGUUCAGAGUGUGAACAGUUUUGGGAAUUAUUAGGAGGGAAAUCAGAAUAUCCGAGCCAGAAGAUCAAAAAGGAUGGAGAGAGUGAUCCUCAUCUCUUCUCUUGCACAUUCUCAAACGAAAAUCUAAAGGUAACAGAGAUCUUCAGCUUCACUCAAGAUGAUUUGAUGACUGAAGAUAUCUUCAUUCUGGAUUGUCACACUGAGAUCUUUGUCUGGGUCGGGCAACAAGUUGACCCCAAGAAGAAACCACAAGUUUUAAACAUUGGAGAGAAAUUCCUUAAGCACGAUUUUCUUCUUGAGAAUCUAGCAAGCGAGACACCGAUAUACAUUGUAACUGAAGGAACCGAACCUCCAUUUUUUACUCGGUUCUUCACCUGGGACUCUUCUAAAUCUGCAAUGCAUGGAAACUCUUUCCAGAAAAAGCUUGCAGUCCUAACAAACAAAGGAAAGCCGCUUCUAGAUAAACCUAAAAGGAGAGUACCAGUGUAUAGUAGCCGAUCCAGCGUUCCAGACAAAUCGCAGCCGCGGUCAAGAAGUAUGACGUCUAGUCCAGACAGAGCUCGUGUGAGGGGACGAUCUCCAGCUUUCAACGCCCUUGCUGCAAACUUUGAGAAAUUAGGCACAAGAAACCAAUCAACUCCACCACCUAUGGUUAGCCCAUUGGUCCGGAAGCUUUACCCGAAAUCUCAUGCACCAGACCUCAGAAAGCUCGCCCCCAAAUCCGCAGCUUUUGCUGCCCGCACAGCUCUUUUCGAGAAAUUUAGGCCUACUCCUCAAGAAGCACCUACUACUACCCCCAGUUCAUCUGAAGAAGCUACAAACGAAGCAGAGGCACCAAAGCCGGCGACAGCAGAGACGACAGAGGAAGAAUCAAUGAACAACAUUCAUGAAGAUUCAAAAGAAGAAGAAGAAGCAGAAGAAGAAGACAGCAACCUGCCUACUUUCCCAUACGAACGCCUCAAAACGGACUCAGAGGAUCCUGCUCCAGAUAUCGACCUCGCUAGAAGAGAGGCAUACAUGAGUGCAGGAGAGUUCAAGGAGAAACUUGAAAUGACAAAGAAAGAGUUUUAUAAACUGCCAAAGUGGAAACAAAACAAGCUUAAAAUGGCUGUUCAAUUAUUCUGAACAAACUCUUCCCCUCAGCUGAUCCUUUUCUCGGAAUCUGAACCUAUUUGAUAGAUGAGAAGAGCAGGUUCAACUGAGGAGUCAGAUUGUGAUGCAAUGAUGGAUCAAGAGGAACCCAGUUUAGUAUAGUGGUUAUGCUAGACUUGAUCUUUCUUCCUUUUUCGACUUUGGAGUUGAAGAAACACUACUCAAAGAGAGGGCUAUCAUACAUUUUAUCUUCCUUCACCUUUUGAGCUUGCUUUACAAAUAAUCAAAUUAUAACAUUUUUGUCAUUACAGAAGAUGGAUGAUACUUAGGAUUCUUGUGUGUUAUUAUUAUCUCACGGAUCUGUGUGGCUGUAGAUUUUGCAUUCCCUAGACUUGACAAUUCAACCUAUCUUCUUCAGUAA